AUGAGAAAAACGCAAAUAUGGGAUAACUGCAAACAUGGAAGAAACGCGAAUAUGGGAAAAACGCAAGUAUGGGAAAAACGCAAGUAUGGGAAAAACGCAAGUAUGGGAAAAACGCAAGUAUGGGAAAUACGCAAGUAUGGGAAAAACGCAAGUAUGGGAAAAAUGCAAGUAUGGGAAAAACGCAAAAAUGGGAAAAACGCAAAAAUGGAAAAAACGCAAAAAUGGGAAAAACGCAAAAAUGGGAAAAACGCAAAAAUGGGAAAAACGCAAAAAUGGGAAAAACGCAAAAAUAGGAAAAACGCAAAAAUGGGAAAAACGCAAAAAUGGGAAAACGCAAAAAUGGGAAAACGCAAAAAUGGGAAAACGCAAAAAUGGGAAAAACGCAAAAAUGAGAAAAACGCAAAAAUGAGAAAAACGCAAAAAUGGGAAAAACGCAAAAAUGGGAAAAACGCAAAAAUGGGAAAAACGCAAAAAUGGGAAAAACGCAAAAAUGGGAAAAACGCAAAAAUGGGAAAAACGCAAAAAUGGGAAAAACGCAAAAAUGGGAACAACGCAAAAAUGGGAACAACGCAAAAAUGGGAACAACGCAAAAAUGGGAACAACGCAAAAAUGGGAACAACGCAAAAAUUGGAACAACGCAAAAAUGGGAACAACGCAAAAAUUGGAACAACGCAAAAAUGGGAACAACGCAAAAAUGGGAACAACGCAAAAAUGGGAACAACGCAAAAAUGGGAACAACGGAAAAAUGGGAACAACGCAAAAAUGGGAACAACGCAAAAAUGGGAACAACGCAAAAAUGGGAACAACGCAAAAAUGGGAACAACGCAAAAAUGGGAAAAACGCGAAAAUUUGAAAAACGCAAAAAUUUGA